CGGGCACGGGGCGGGGCCGCCCGUACCCGGAAGUGGAGCUGCCCACGUGGGAGUCGGGGAGGGGGCGGUGGUGGUUCGGCUACCUGGUUCUGGGUAAUCUUCGAAUGGGGAGUCAGGGCUGUUCUUUCCUCAUUCUGAGGAGACGGGUGGGGGCAGCCGUGGGGUACCCUUAACCCGUUUUGGGGAUCGGUGGGUGCCCCUUGGGAAGUGACCGCUUCUGAGGACGCAGCAAGGACCAUCGGCCAUGUCGCUACUCUCGGCCCUCGGGGGCGCGACCUGGCUUCGCUUCGGUCACCUCUUCGCGCGUCAUUUCUCCCAAGCGGCGCGGCGUGGGGAGCGGCCCGGUGGGGAGGAGCUAAGCCGCCUGCGACUAGAUGACCUGGCACCGACCCCGCGGUCCGCGGGGGGAUUGGAACUUCUGUUUGGUCUGUCCCCGUGUCUCCUGGCUCUGCGGGCCGCCCGCCGCCGCGUGGCCCGGCUCCUGCUCCAGGCCGGCAGGUCUGGGCUGCAAGGGGAGCGGGCCGAGCUUCUCCGCGCGGCUGAGGCGCGCGACAUCCCAGUGCUGCGGCCCAGACGGCAGAAGCUGGACGCCCUGUGCCGCCACCAGGUCCACCAGGGCGUCUGCAUGGAGGUGAGCCCGCUACGGCCCCGGCCCUGGACCGAGGCUGGGGACGCGAGGCCAGGAGACGACCCUCAACAGUUAUGGCUCGUUCUCGAAGGGCUCCAGGAUCCCCGGAAUCUUGGGGCCGUGCUGCGCUCCGCUUACUUCCUCGGAGUGGAUCAAGUCAUCACCAGCCGGAGAAACAGCUGCCCACUCACUCCGGUCGUCAGCAAGGCCAGCGCGGGGGCUAUGGAGGUGAUGGACGUGUUCUCCACUGAUGACUUGGAUGGCUUUUUACAGGCCAAAGCCCGGCAGGGCUGGCUGGUGGCUGGCACGGUGGGCUGCCCCGGGCCUGAGAUUUCCAGGUCGUCUGGGAUCCCUAUCGUUAGUUGCUUGGAGUUCCUGUGGGACCGGCCUACUCUCCUAGUGCUAGGGAACGAGGGCUCUGGUCUAUCCCAGGAGGUGCAGGCCUCCUGCCAGCUUCUCCUCACCAUCCUGCCCGGCUGGCAGCUGCCUCCUGGACUGGAGUCCUUGAAUGUCUCUGUGGCUGCAGGAAUUCUUCUUCACUCCAUUUGUAGCCAGAGGAAGGGUUUCUCCGAAGAGAAGAAGAGAGGACAACUUCUCCAAGGCCCGCGAGGACACUCAGCCGCGUCUGAAGAGCCCACAGUGGUGCGGCACCCAGGACUGUCCACAGGGUCAGAAAAAGAGAGGCAAGAUGGGGGCUGACGUGGACUGUUCAAGAUUGUGCGCGGGAGGGCAGGAGGUGGGUUGCACCUACAUCCACGUGUUCCAGUGUCCUGGAGUCUCUUGCCUGAGUGUGCACCCAGGCCCUGUUUAUUAAUCACCAUCUGGGGAGGACGGGCACCUUUGGACCUUUGUGGUGGAGACCAGAGGAAGUUCAGUUUCCUGUUUUGAGUUUGGAUUUGCAGUUGGAGAUGGCAGCGCAUUAAUUUCUAGACUGUGCUAGCUCAGAGGGUCUGUUUACUCCCAGGUCCUGCCUGGACGUCAAGGGGAAGUCUAGACACCAGAAGGGAAUCGGACAGUCCAGUCCAGGAAUCCUGUUCCUCUUGAACCAGCGUGAGAAUGGAGAGGGAGGCCUGUGGCCUCUCUCUGGGGCCAGCAGGUGCUAAUCCCAGCUCAAACCCUGACCCAUGGCGGGGCCUCCUUCACCACGUGGCUUCAUCUUUAUGUGCCUGGGGGCCCUUGUGUGCACCUCCCUCACUGGGCUGUAGUGAUGACCAAAUCAGACAUCGCCCGGUGUCCACCAGGUACUCAACCAGUGGGCCGUUCUGUCCGAUUCCUCCACUAGGGGGCAGCCUCGCUCUUUGAUCUCUUCGGGAAGCUCUGGUAGCCACCUGGGAAGAUUCCUUGCUGUGGGCCCCAAAAGGCAAGGGGAAGACUGGCAGACACCUCCCCAUCCCACUAGCCCUCCAGUCCACCUCCCGCACCACCACCACCACCACCAUUCUGGUGAGUCAUCAGUCCACCUCUCCGGAAGGAACCAGUGAGCAGAACCCUGGCCUUUCAUUCUGGGAGGGUUGCUACUGAAUAUACCAUCAAGACCGCUUUGGUACUUCUCCUCCAGGGUCCCUCAUAUGGAGCAGAAGCCACCAGUGUAAGUAGUUUAGAGCAGUCUUGGCUACACAUUGGAACCACCUGGUCAGCUUUAGGAAACAACUUAUCCUGGAACCCACCCCAGAAAGUGUGCUGUAAUUGGUCAGGGUGCAGCCUGGGCAUCAGGAUUUUUAAAGU